AGCUGCACCUUGAUGCUUCCGUCCCCUUGUACAAUCCGGAAUUCGCGCGAGAGGCACGAGCAAACACUAUUUCCGGUUGUUCCAAACUGCGAGCAACAGUCCCAGAAGGUUGCAGGGCCUCAGUGUGUGAUAACUCAGUUUUGACUGAGCAGCAAACUGAGCGUCAUGUGCCUCCAGCUGAAGGAGGUGACGCUUUUGAUGAACCUACACACAGGGGACCGUUUGCCCGUAGCAAGUUGGCUCUUACGGGAGCACAUGAAGAGGACUUUGUGUUGCUGUGGACAUUAAUGAGACCAGCACCUCUACACCAAGAACAUGGAAAAGAUGUCACGAGUUACCACAGCUCUUGGCAGCAGCGCCUUCAGUGGCCGCACCAUGUUCUGCCACCUGGACGCUCCCGCCAAUGCCAUCAGUGUGUGCCGGGACGCCACACAGGUGGUGGUGGCUGGCCGCAACAUCUUCAAGAUCUACACGCUGGAGGAGGAGCAGUUUGUGGAGAAGCUGAAUCUCCGUGUCGGCCGCAAACCGUCGCUCAACUUCAGCUGUGCAGAUGUCAUGUGGCACCAGAUGGAGGAGAACCUGCUGGCCACGGCGGCCACCAACGGGGCGGUGGUCACCUGGAACUUGGGGAAGCCCUCUCGUAAUAAGCAGGACCAGCUCUUCACCGAACAUAAGCGGACUGUCAACAAGGUGUGCUUCCACCCCACUGAGGUGUACAUGCUGCUGAGCGGCUCACAAGAUGGCUUCAUGAAGUGCUUUGACCUGCGCAAGAAAGAGUCUGUCAGCACUUUCUCAGGUCAGUCAGAGAGUGUGAGGGACGUGCAGUUCAGUAUGAAGGAUUACUUCACAUUCGCUGCAUCCUUUGAGAAUGGGAACGUCCAGCUGUGGGACAUCAGGCGGCCGGACCGCUAUGAGAGGAUGUUCACCGCCCAUACCGGCCCUGUGUUCUGCUGUGACUGGCACCCUGAUGACAGGGGCUGGCUGGCCACAGGAGGCAGGGAUAAGAUGGUGAAGGUGUGGGACAUGACCACGAACCGAGCCAAGGAGAUACACUGUGUCCAGACUAUCGCCUCCGUGGCACGAGUCAAGUGGCGCCCAGAGAGGAAGUGGCAUUUGGCCACGUGCUCCAUGAUGGUGGACCACAACAUCUACGUAUGGGACAUUCGCAGACCUUUCAUCCCCUUCGCCACCUUUGAGGAACACAAGGACGUGACCACUGGCAUUGUGUGGCGCCACCAGCAUGACCCAUAUUUCCUGCUCUCUGGCUCCAAGGACAGCACACUGUACCAACAUAUGUUUAAGGACGCCAGCCGCCCCGUGGACAAAGCGAACCCUGAGGGGCUGUGCUUUGGACUGUUUGGUGACUUGGCCUUUGCUGCAAAAGAGAGUCUGAUCAGCAGUGAUGCAAACAGGAAGCCCUACCCUGGUGGUGACCGCCGCUACCCCAUCUUUUUCUUCAAGAAGCCCGACCCCACAGAACAGUUUGCCCAUGUGUCCAGCGCUCUGAGUGUCUUUGAGACAGACUUGGACAGUAACCGCAUGGACUGGUUUGUCAAGACGGCACGACUCUACCUCCUCAGUGGGAAGCCUUUUGCUGAGCUGUGUGAUCACAAUGCCAAAGUUGCCCGGGAGCUCAACAGACCUCAGGUUUCAACAACAUGGACCAUGCUGAGAAUCAUGUUCUCAGACCCAGCAAACCUCACAACACCAGGUCCAAACCACAACAUCAGUAAACUGGGUACAUUACCCUUAAUGAACAGUUUUAGCAUGAAGGAAAUGGGUUCAGGGAUGGGCUCAGAGAGUAGACUGGAGCGCAGUAAAGGUGAGAGCAGACAGGACAACAUCCACCUGGAGCCUGGGAACUCCCACAUCAGCAACAAUAACGAUGAAAAUGAGGAGACAGAGGGCAGUGAGGGUCAGGCAGAGUACAUGUUUGGAGAUGCGGAGUUGGACGAUGAUGACCUCUACUCGAUGGAACAUGACAACCAGACAGAGGAGCAGGAGUACAUUCUGCCUCAGGAGGCCUUUCAGCUUCGCCACGAGAUCAUGGAUAACCCGUCUGCCCCUGAGCACCUGCAGCAGGACAAGGCCGACUCCCCGCAUGUCAGUGGCAACGAGGCCGAGGUCAUGUGCCUGACACCCAUCGAGUCCUUCUCCCUCAUCUCCAUUUCCCAGCCGCUGUUCAGCCCCCACCUGCCCGCCAGCUUCUUCUGCCCUGUCGUGCGGGAGAUGCUGAGCUACUAUGCGGAGCAGGGCGAUGUGCAGAUGGCCGUGUCUGUGCUCAUUGUCUUGGGAGACCGAAUCCGCAAAGAAAUCGAUGAUCUUACUCAGGAGCACUGGUACAUGUCCUACAUAGAUCUGCUGCAGCGCUUUGAGUUGUGGAACGUCUCUAAUGAGGUCAUCAAGCUGAGCACAUGCAGCGCCAUCACCUGCCUCAACCAGGCAUCGACCACGCUGCACAUCAACUGCAGCAACUGCAAGCGGCCCAUGAGCAACAAGGGCUGGAUCUGUGACAGAUGCCACCAGUGUGCCAGUGUGUGCGCAGUGUGCCACCAUGUGGUGAAGGGACUGUUUGUGUGGUGCCAGGGCUGCAGCCACGGCGGGCAUCUGGAGCACAUGAUGAACUGGCUGAAGAGCAGCUCCCACUGCCCGGCCGGCUGCGGUCAUCUGUGUGAGUACACCUGAGCCGCCACAGCCGCUGGGCACACAGCUGCCCCUGUGCGAGCGGGGCAAGCAUCCUCACAGCGGCCCGGACCAGACAAACUAGACGUCUUCAUCCCUCCACACGAGUCCACGGCCUCUCGUCACGGUAGAAAGGACGGCUGUGUGAGUGUGCUGAAGCAUCAUUAGCUGGAAGUCUGACCCACUGAGUCCAAAGGAGGAGGGGGUUUGUCAGGCCAAGUGUUUGAUCGACACUUGAGUGCUGACUGUCCGGGGCAGCCGUUAAGAAGUAAACAAUCAAAUGUGAAUUAAUACUUGCCUUUGAGUUGCCUUUUUUGUUUUUAACCCAUUUGUGAAAUCGUAUGUGGGCGGAAAUGUUAGACAUAUUUAUGAAUCCACACCAUUUUACGUUUUUACUUUUAAACCCAUCACUAAAAUUGUGAAGUAUGCAGCCGUUAAGUGUUUGCUCAUCUUAAAUGGACUGCUAAAUGUGUGUACAUUGUGCUGUUUUGGAGGAAUGGGAUAGUGUUAAAUUGAUUUAUGAGAAUAUUUACAGUUCAUUAUUAUUAUUAUUAUUUAACUGUCAAGAGUUGAGCUGUUCCUCUUCUGGAGAGCACUCUGUUAAAGCAAUACAUUUUAUGACAGGAGUCAACCUUGUCUAUGAAAAAUUGAAAUAUAACAAGUCAUUGUAUUUUUGCGUGUGUACCUGUCUUUGUGAUAACCUGAAACUAUCACAGUCACUAAAAGGAAAUAGAAUUUCA